GACUGGAGUUUUUCUAAUUUGCCCAAUCGGAGCGUGGAAAGGGCGGGGAGUCUAGAAACGAGUAUAGAGGCGGAGCACAGGCGUUAGAUUUCAGUACCGUGGACAGCGCCUCGCACUUUACUGCAAGAAAUGUGAAUCCGGAGAUUUUUUGUUUACUCUGGACCUACCCCCUUCGACAUGAAAACAAAAUUGAAUGCGCGAAUUCUAAAACUUCCUUCUUCGACGUGUGCGAUUUAUUUUUGUUUUUGAGCGACGGAAACAAGCUUUCUGGAGCUGCAGUUUGUAUGUGUGUGCGUGUAUGUCUAUGGGUGUGAUUAUCAAAUAACCCUGAGCGAAACAUAAAGGAUUAAUUAAGUUAAGCUUUAAAACCUUUUUCAACAGUUUAAGGAAUGUUGCUAUCAGAUAAUCGCUUCUCAUAGCGUUCACCUACGAAAUCCUCUUCAUUGCGUUAUUUAUGUGGUUUUAAAAAGGCGCAUUAUCAUGCAGUUAAAAACAUAAAGUUUCUCAACCUCGAACCUGCAGUGCAUUAGAAUGUAUCUAUAAAAUACGUAUAUAUUUCAAUUUUUCGUUUUAUUUUGAAUAAUCCCCCGGUAACCGCUGCCUUAUGGACCUAGAUUGUUUUGAUGACAUAACCCUCCUGAAAAAGAUGAAGUCUCUCCACUACUUUUUGAAUUGUGCUUGGAAGCGUAGGGGAGCGUAGUGGCGCGAGGAUCUGCAGGCGAAGCGCGUUUUACUCUCGGGAGACUCUCCUGAAUUUGCCGGUCUCCUCGCCAAUGUAAUUUAUUUUUGACCCAAGACGAAUUUUAUCUAGAUUUAUUUUAUUUUUAAAAAUAUUUUUUUGUAUACCCCUUCCAAAAUGAAGAAGUUUCGGAAGGUUUUGGACGGACUGACAACCUCCUCCCCAGGCAGUACCGGCGGAACCCCGCUGUCCGGCAGCACAGCCGGUACGCCAACCGCAAUGCCAUCUCCCAGAGAAAUAGAAGUACAGGAGACGUUAGUAUCUGAAAACUUUCAUAUUUGUAAGACGGUUCGUCACGGCUUCCCGUACCAGCCCACUGCCCUGGCGUUCGACCCGGUCCAGAAGAUCCUGGCCAUGGGGUCUCGGUCUGGCGGCGUGCGAAUACUGGGACGCCCUGGCGUGGACUGCUACUGCCAGCAUGACAGCGGAGCGGCCGUCCUGCAGCUGCAGUUCCUCAUUAACGAGGGGGCGCUAGUCACGGCCUGUGCAGAUGACACACUUCACCUGUGGAACCUGAGACAGAAACGGCCAGCUGUGCUGCACUCUCUCAAAUUCAACCGAGAACGCAUUACAUUCUGCCACUUGCCCUUCCAGAGUAAAUGGCUCUAUGUGGGCACGGAGCGAGGGAACACGCACAUGGUCAACGUCGAGUCCUUCGUCCUGUCCGGAUACGUCAUCAUGUGGAAUAAGGCCAUUGAACUAUCGACCAAAACUCACCCCGGUCCGGUGGUCCAUUUGAGCGACAGCCCGAAAGACGAGGGGAGGCUGCUGAUUGGCUUCGAGAGCGGCACGGUGGUGCAGUGGGAUCUCCGGCUGAAGAAGGCCGAUUUCAGAAUCUACUACGAUGAGGCCAUCCACUCGGUCAGCUGGCACCACGAAGGGAAGCACUUCAUGUGCAGCCACUCGGACGGCAGCCUGACCACCUGGAACAUGCGCAACACUGCCAGGCCCGUGCAGGUCACCUACCCCCACGGUAAGACUCAGAGGGACGGGAAGAAGCCGGAGUCUUGCAAGCCCAUCCUGAAGGUGGAGUACAAAACCAUGAGGAGCAGCAGUGAGCCCUUUGUCAUCUUCUCCGGCGGGCUGUCGUAUGACAAGGCGGCCAGGAGGCCCACCUUGACCAUCAUGCACGGCAAGGCCAUCACAGUGCUGGAGAUGGACCACCCCAUUGUGGACUUUAUGGUCCUCUGUGAGACGCCAUACCCCAACGAGGUCCAGGAGCCGUACGCCGUGGCGGUUCUGCUGGAGAAGGACCUCAUCGUGCUGGACCUGACCCAGAGCAGCUUCCCCAUCUUUGAGAACCCCUACCCCAUGGACAUCCACGAUUCGCCAGUCACCUGCACGGCCUACUUUGCAGACUGCCCACCCGACCUCAUACCUGUCCUCUACUCCAUGGGUGCCAAACACAAAAAGCAGGGCUACAGUCACAAGGAGUGGCCGGUGAGCGGGGGAACGUGGACGCUGGGGGCGCAGACCUACCCGGAGAUCAUCAUCACAGGGCACGCGGACGGGUCGAUUAAGUUUUGGGACGCUACCGCCAUUACCCUCCAGAUGCUGUACAAGCUGAAGACCUCCAAGGUGUUUGAGAAGCCGAAGGCGGGGGAGGGGCGGGGGGUGGAGCUGGUGGACGAGGACCCGUACGCGGUGCAGAUGAUCAGCUGGUGCCCGCAGAGCCGGCUCUUCUGCGUGGUGGGAAUCUCCGCCCACGUCAUCCUGUACCGCUUCAGCAGGCACGACGCCACCACGGAGAUCACAUCCCUGGAGGUCCGGCUGCAGUGUGAGGUAGAUGACAUCAUCACACCCUCAGAAGGUGACACCAACCCUGGAUUCUCAGACUCAAGCUCGCACUCGCCCCAGCCCCAGCACCCCCCCGGCAGCCCGGGUAGCGAGAGUGUGCGCGACAGCGUCCCUUGCCUCAGGGUGAAGAACAGGCCUGUGAGGAUGCCACCGGGCUACCAGGCUGAGCUGGUGGUGCAGCUGCAGUGGGUGGACGGGGAGCCUCCCCAGCAGAUCACCAGCCUGGACCUCAACUCUGCCUACGGACUGUUGGCUCUGGGGAACUGCAACGGGCUGGUGGUGGUAGAUUACCUGCAGAAAAGCAUCCUGCUGUGCAUGAGCACGCUGGAACUGUACGGCUCCAAUGACCCUUACCAGCGCCUCACACGCUCCCCCCGCAGGAGCAGACCGCUUACUGCAGACAACUUUUGCAUGCGAGGCCUGUCUAACUUUUAUUCAGAUUCAAAGAAAAGGAUCCGUACUUCUUACCAGAGCCUGACGGAACUCUCAGACAACCAGGUGUCCCUGGACCUGGAGCGGAGCAGGUCGCCCACCUCAGUUCUGCACCCUUCCUCCCUUCACAAUGACCCCCGGGGCAUGCACGAGCCUGCGGCCAAUGUGAAGGCCAGCCACUACAGCCCCGUCUUUCACUUGCUGGACAACGUUAGGGGACCAGGCAGAAAGCUAAGUCUGCCCACAGAUCUUAAGACUGAUCUUGAUCAUGUAAACGGACACUGCACUAGUCCCACCUCCCAGCCUUGUGCUGCUGGGAGACCACGCCCCCCAGGUCCCGAGGGGACCAGGUUGAGCCGACGGGGGCCUGGCCGACCGCCCUUCCGGAAGGCCCAAUCCGCUGCCUGCAUGGAGAUCUCCUUGCCCGUUUCCCACACAGAAGGGUUUGCUUCCAGACGGGCAAUGCUACAUCAGCUACAUGGAGUCAGUAUGUACUCUCACGAAGAGCACCACACCCCCACCACCGCCUACUCCUGGGGCGAGAAAGAGAGCCGCGAGAACUCCUUCAGCCACUCGCGCAGCUCCAGCGUCUCCAGCAUCGACCGCGAGACCAAGGAGGCCGUGACCACGCUGCACUUCAUGGAGUCCUUCGCCUGCAAGACGGACGCCGCGCCCACCCCCUGCCUGUGGGUGGGCACCAGCCUGGGCGUGGUCCUCAUCCUCGCCCUCUGCGUCCCCGCCGACGACGAGGACCGGCUGGACGAGCCGGUGACCGUGGCGCCGAGCGGUUCAGUGCUGAUGCUGAAGGGGUCGGUUUUGAGGUUCGGGUCGCUGGACUGCGGGGGCGCUCUGAUCCCGAGCCCCUACGAGGCGUGGCGGGACCCCCACGCUCACGAGGACCACGACAGGCCCCGGAAGCGCAAGCUGGUGAACUUCUCGCCCGGCUCGUCCCAGGACGUGGCCAGGGAGGGCCACCUGGCGGUGGUGUGCUCGGAGCGGCAGGCCAAGGUCUUCCUCAUGCCGGCGCAGACCUGCCUGUUCGCCCACAACAUCACCGAGUCGUCCUUCGUCCUGCGGGCCGACGUGGUGUCCGUCUGCGGCAGCGUCGGCCUGGCCUGCUUCUGCGCCAACGGGCACAUCAUGAUGCUCAGCCUGCCCAGCCUGCGCCCCCUGCUGGACGUCAACUACCUUCCGCUGACGGACAUGCGCAUCGCCCGGACCUUCUGCUUCACCGACGGGGGCCAGGCCCUCUACCUGAGCUCCCCCACUGAGAUCCAGCGCAUCACGUACAGCCAGGAGAUGUGUGACAGCCUGCAGGAUAUGCUGGGGGAGCUGUUCACUCCGGUGGAGACCCCCGAGGCCCAGAACAGAGGCUUCUUGAAGGGCUUCUUCGGGGGAAACACACAAACCUUCGACAGGGAGGAGCUGUUCGGAGAGGCCGCAGCAGGGAAGGGGUCGCGCAGCCUGGCCCAGCACAUCCCGGGUCAGGGCGGGGUGGAGGGAAUGAAGGCGGCGGCCGGGGGGGUGGUGAGCGACCUGGCCAGGGCCCGCGUCGCUCUGGACGAGCGAGGCCAGAGGCUGGGCGAGCUGGAGGAACGCACGGCGCUGAUGAUGUCCAGCGCGGACAUGUUCUCCAAACACGCCCAUGAGCUGAUGCUGAAAUGCAAGGAUAAGAAGUGGUAUCAGUUCUAAAAUCCUGGAGGAAGAAUAAUUUCUCUUCCCUGAGGGAAAUGGACGAAUGAAACGGGGAGAGACAUGGCACUAGCACUGGCUUUGUGUUUCUGUUCUUCCUGGCAACCGCUGGAGAGGACAAUUCCCAUUGGUUGUCGGAGCUGAACAGCAUGGUGGAUGGAUUCUGUAGACUAUGGAGGGACGGUACCUGACCAAAUGGGGGGUGGGGGUGGGGGGGUUUGUAAAGUGAGGUUCCUCGGUAUUACCCCCUCUCUCUAUUACCCCCUGGAUCGUGGUUCAUUUCCGUUUUAGGAUCCUCUCACCCGUCACGUCUCAGUGGCUACUGUAACAAAGGAUGAAAAUAAGCCAAAUUGCAUGAAACAAGAAAGGUGAAUAAUCAAACAAAAAAACUGCCAUACUAGAAGCAGCAUGUUACGACAUUUGAAAGAAAAAAAGUUUAUUUAUUAAUUUAAGUCAAUUUAGAAACUAACUUAAAAAAAAAAACUUUCUAUUUUUUGAGAUCGUUUAAAAAGUACAAAAAAAAAAAAAAAAGUAAAAAGAAACAAAAAAGAAAUAUACCCCAAAUUGCUACAAGGCCAAAAUAUUCUGGGCUUUUAUGAUUUUUUUUUUCUCUUCCUUUUACAGACAAGUGAUAUUUUAGAAUAAAGCUAUUUGCUUUUUAAACAAUGCUACUCUAAACACUAAAUCUUCUUUGCAAGAAAAAAACAAGAUCCGUCAUGUGCCAGCCUAACUCUGAUACACGUUCACUCAAGCAAAUCUAUUUUUCAGGUGCGGUCACUGGUUAUUCAUUGGUGCGCAGUCUAGUUUGCAGUUCAGUUUAACCAGAUAUUUAGCUUUUUAUUGGCUGCGACUACUUUUGGAUUCAGUAUUACUCCUUAGACAUCCCAAAUUAUACGUAUAUACUGUACAUGGAAUGAAAGCUGUUUCGAGUGUAUGUGUCUGGUUAUGGAACCGAGGUUGGAAGACAUGAAUAAAUUCCUGUUUUGUUUGUUUAGGUCCAUAUGCAUAUCCGUAUUUCAUGUGCCAUAACCUGGAUGGGUGAACUCUGAUUGUAAAGUAGUAAAGCUCAUGUGCUUGACCUAAUACAUUUUCUAUGGAAUAGAUAGGUGGCCUUUAAUGGAUGUUUGUCACAGUUCUGUUUAGCUUGUUUUGGUUUUGCUUAUACAUACAUACACGCGCACACACAUACACGCACAUCUAUAUUUGCACAUUUUGUCAUUGCUACAGUAUUUUGAUUCCCCGGACGCAAUUCAAAUAUGAGCUAUAGGCUCUGCCAAAGCAAUCAAAGCAAUCAAACGUAAAUGACAGAUCUAUACGUCUAUAUUGCUAUACGUCAGACUGUCACUGUGAGAGAGCCAUGCAUUUCCAUUUCAUAAAGACGUCCUCGUUAGACUCUUUUAUAGUUUAUGGUGUUAUCAACAUUUAUUUCUAUAUAAAGUAUAUUUAAUUAAAAACUAAAAAAACCUUGGUCAGUUGCUGGUCACCUUAGGGAAGAGAUGACAGAGACUGAACUGAUCCACUAUCAAGGUAUAGUCAUGAAACAUCUUGUGGUUUUUGGAUAUUUUUAACAUACAUGUAAAUAGAAAUCCUGUAGUAAACUGACUGGUCUUACAGAGUGCAAUGGCAAUCAUGUGUGUCUCUCUUUCAUACUGAUGCAUCUUCAAUCAACAUUUUCUGCACCUUACUCCAAAUGCAUUUUAUCCUUCAGGUUAUAUUUGUUUUACAUGCUUUUGCCUUAGAUACUUUAGUAGUAGUCUGCAAUAACAAUCCCUGCCCCAUAGUUCUUGGUGACAACCUUUCUGUGAGUAUUUGUCCUAAAAAUGUGCUAUGUUGUUAUGUAAUGUAUAUGUUGAGUAUCUCAGUGGUAGUGCAUAACAACAACAUGUUGAAGCGCUGAUCAGAGGCAUUUUGGAUUAAAUAAUACAGCGGAUCACUGUGUACGAAUGGUGUAAGCACAGAUAUUAAACUGAGUGAAAUUGGUUUUAAAAACUACUCAGAUUCCAGCAAUGAAUCCAUCUUCCUCUGGUUUUCAUGCUGAAAAGACAUCCAUGGCUUUUACAUAUACCUGUCUGAAUUCCUUCAUUAGCACCAGCACAAGGUCUUCAAAAAUGCCAAUAAUGCCAUUCACUAAAUGAUGCCAAGUUGAAACUGAUCCAUUUCCUACCUAGAGCCCAGUGUGUGCUCUCCACAGUGUCCAGGUCUGGUCAUGGAUAGUUGGUAACUGUGUGGACAUUGUGUGUACAACAAAAUGGGGUUGCAGGGAAUUCUUGUUGUGUGCCCAAUUCAAAGAGAUUUGUGUUCAGCCCGUCAGUGUGACUGUCCUUAAUGGCUAUAAAUUACAAUAAUAUUGACUGGGUGUUUUGUUUGUACACUUUCAAUUUUCAUAUUAAUAUGUACAUCCCGGGGAACAAAUACAGUUCUGAGAAUUGUCUGUGGCUAUUGUACCUGUUUAUGGGUGGUACUGUAACUGAUGUUUCAGUUCUGUGGGAGUCCCUGAAAUACUGUAUUUCACUCUGUAGUUUUGUUAUUGAAUCAUUGUCUCGUUUUUCUUUUUUUCUUUAUUAUUUUUUAAUCAAAAGUGGCCGCAAAGUUUGUCUCCUUUAACUGAAUCCUGCCACUUUGUUUUCUUCUUAAUAUCCUAGUAGUGUAGUAGAAGUUACAGAAAAAAACAGAAUAUGUUGAUGCAAAAUAAACAUUGAUUGAUGUUCACACUA